AUGGAGAGCAGCGAGAAACAAGUAUCAACCCGGCUAUCCCAGCCAAACCGUAGCUCCAGUCCCUCCAAUACUGCCCACAGCCCCAACACCACCAACGACAACAACGAAGAUCCCACCCAAACCCAGACACCCACCCCACCCCCUGAACCGACCUUCCACCACUUCCCCGACCUGCCCCCAGAACUGCGCCGACUAAUCUACGAGCCGGCCCUCCAAGACUCUGACUUCGCCAACACCAUCCGCACCCUCACCCUCACCACAUACAUACCCCAGCCCCCCUCUUCCUCUUCCUCCUCCUCCUCCUCCUCCUCCUCUCCGCAGCACGAGACCCUCACAGUCCUAACCCACGCCCAAACCUUCCCGCACGCCCUCUUCCACACCAGCCGCGAGGCGCGCGCCGAGGCGCAGGCCGCAUGCGUGUUCCUCCCCACGCGCCUCGUGACCGACGUCGGCGCCAACAUAAUCAACAUCAACCAGGGGCAGCGGCAGCGGCCGCUCGCCUCCUCGGCCGUCGGCGAGCGGCCUUUUCACCGGGAGACGACGUUCUUCCUCGACGAGCGCGCUGCGAUUCGGCUGUUUGACCUACUACACCACAACGCGCUCCCCGCCAACGCAGUCGCAUGGCUGCGCAACAUAAUGCUAGACCGCCGGACGUUCCAGCACCUCCUAAGCGGGUACCACGCGUUCGCGCGCCACGGCGAGCGACCCGGCGCGCCGUUCCAUCUUUUACCCAACCUACAACGGCUCGUGGUCGGCUUCGUGUACCGGUUCCAGGACGUGGCGAUGGUGGAGGGACCAUACCAAGACGUAAUAACAGAAGCGCGGGUCGUGCGGGUCGAGGACCCAAAUCCAGAUCGGGAUCGGCGGGAAGAGGAAAAUAGGGAGGAUGGGGAUGGGGUGGAGGAGCAGGAAGACUUGGCUGUAAUCUGCGAUCGGCCGCUGAAUCCGGGGCUCGAGGAGAUGAUCAGGAGCACGUUCAGGCAGGCGGCGCAGAUGAUGGCUGAAGCUGCUGCGCCUGCGGUCCGGCUUCACCCUAUGCUUCGGGGCCAGUCUCAUGUGGAGGCGCUGCGGGAUGCCAGCAUCGAGGUCGUAUGGGGCGUCGUUGAGAGCGGCACGACUAGACGUCCGGAUAUCUUUGAGUGGUUUCUGGGACCGGACGCUGUUGAGUUUUGA